CACCGAUUGGGAUUCGAAGAUAGAAUGGAUCACUCGAGUAAGAAUAGAAUCCCCCACAACAACCUCUUUUCAACGGAUAAUGAGCUCGCCGUCAACGUCACCGAGCGGCCUUCGCCGUCCCACGUCAGCGAGUGCUAAACCAAAAGCCAGUGGGGUUCCAAGCCCCAUCAAACCGACAAGUGUUGGUCGAUCCCCUCCAAAGCAAUUAAGCAGCCCGUUUCCUGAACCGUCGCCUUUUAAGAAAUCGAGUUUGAUUUCCCCAGUGAUCCCCGACUUCUCCAGUAGCGCGGGGGGAAUUCCCCCUCCAUCCCCUUCAAAGGCGUUGUCGUCCAUCGAUUGCGGUAAGCCCAAACGAGGGGCGGUAGCUCCGAUCUCUCCAACCGGCAAGCAACCAAUGGCCAAGUCACCGUUGAAAAAGGUAGCCGCAGCAACGGUUCCGUCUCCAAAGGCCAGCAAGAACCUUCCGACUCCAAUCAAGAAACUUACUCCUGGAAGCCCUAAAAAGUCGUCGACGUCCCGUUCAACUGUCGAUUUGGAGCUUGCCCUUCGCCAGAAGGACGACGUGAUCGCGUCAAUCACCGACCAAUGCAGCGCCUAUCGUGAAGAGGCCGAAUCGUCGGCGAAUCUCAUGCUCGCGUGGAAAGCGAACCAUGAUGCGGUGGUGACGUUGCUGGAGGAGUCGAUGGAAGCGCUGGCCAUGCAAACCAAAGCGAUAAACGGGAAAGGGAUGGUGAAUGAAGACAACCGCGACCACCUCACUGUCCGCCAAAACUUAAUGACGUUGGUGACAUUCGACAAGCAAUUGCUGGAGGAAAAGUUCGGGGUGAUGCACACGUCUGAGGACGAGUCCGCGUCGCAGCUAUGCAAGGGCAAGAUCCAUCAGCUCCAGGAGAAGCUCGCCGCCAAGCAGCAGCAACAAAGCCAAAGUGCCCAGCAAUUAGAAGGCGUGGGGGUUUCGCUUCCUCGGGGGGUGCUCCAACACAAAGCCAGCACGUUCAACCAGAUCCACCGACCGUUUGCCACGUCAUUUGGCGACGAAGUGCAUUUGGACGACGUUUCCAAUGCGUGGCAAUGGCUCAGCCAACACGUAUCAUACAAAAACUCGUCGUAGGUGCAUCACUAGACCCCGAUAUAUUGUAUCCUGUUUUGAUGCAAAGUGGCGGCACUCUAAGCUGGUGUUAGACUUCAAUUCCAUAGCAAUCCCGUGAGUUAUACAUACACUUGUUCGAGU